AUGGCAGGCCCAGCAGCAUCCGGGCUCUCCCAGCAGGUGCGAUGCUUCAGUACAUCUGUGGACAGGCCGGUUACCAAGCUUGUGAGGCCACCUGUUCAGAUAUAUGGUACUGAAGGUCGCUGUGCCACUGCUCUGUACUCUGCUGCGUCUAAGCAGCAUCAACUGGAACAAGUAGAAAAGGAGUUGUUGGGAGCAGCACAACCCUUGGAGGAACCCAAAUUGGCUGCUUCCAUUAUGACUCCCUAUGGAAAGCGUUCCGUUACAAUGAAAAGCCUAAAUGACAUGACCGCAAAAGAGAAGUUUUCUCCCCUCACAUCCAACCUGAUGAAUUUGCUUACUGCAGAUGGUCGCCUGAACAACACCGCUGGAGUCAGUUCCGCCUUUUCUACCAUGAUGAGCGUGCACCGUGGGGAAGCACCUUGCUCAGUCACCACCGCAUCUCCUUUGGAUGAGGCCACUUUUUCUGAACUAAACAUGGUGCUGAAGAGCUUUAGUAAACAUCAGAUACUGAAAUUAGAAGUUAAGACUGAUUCAUCAAUCAUGGGUGGAAUGAUUAUGCGUACUGGAGAGAAAUAUGUUGAUAUGACUGCAAAAACCAAGAUUCAGAAGCUAAGUAGGAUUACGCGGGAGGUUUUCUGA